AACACUAUAGAUAACCCCUGGAUAUAUAUCUAUUGGUGUGUUACAGCCAUCUGCCUGGUGGGAUGCAGUGAAGGAAACGGAAACUGCUCCAGACCUGGAGAGUGUGUGUGCAGAGAAGGUUGGCAGGGUCCGUUCUGUGAUGAGUGUAAGAAGUACCCAGCUUGUAAGCAUGGCACCUGCCAACAGCCUUGGCAGUGUAACUGUAAGGAAGGCUGGGGAGGGCUCUUCUGUGACCAAGACCUGAACUUCUGCACGCACCACCGGCCGUGUGUGAACGGGGCGACCUGUAUGAACACGGGUCAAGGCAGCUAUACUUGUACCUGUCCCCCUGGGUUCACUGGGGUCAACUGUGAGCUGGAGCUGCAGGAGUGUGACAGCGACCCCUGCAGGAACGGAGGACUGUGCACGAACCUGGAUGUUGGUUACAGGUGUUCGUGUCCGCAGGGCUUCGAGGGUUCUCACUGUGAACACAGCCUGCUGACCUGUGCUGACUCCCCCUGCUUCCACAGCGGACAGUGCCAUCGGAAGGACAACGGGCAUAGCUACAUCUGCGAGUGUCCUCCCGGAUACACAGGACUCAACUGUGAGAAGAGAGUGGACAAGUGCACAUCUCUUCCCUGUGCCAACGGCGGUCUGUGUUUGAUCCACGGCGGCGUGCGUCUGUGUAGCUGUCGCUCCGGUUUCACCGGCCAGCGCUGUGAGAUCAACAUCAACGAGUGUGCCGGUAACCCCUGCACCAACGGAGGGACCUGCCUGGACCGCAUCAACGACUACACCUGUGCCUGCCCCCCGGGGUACGCCGGACGAAACUGCGACCGCAGCCUGGACGAGUGCUCCAGCCACCCCUGUCUUAACGGAGGGCUCUGCACAGGGGGAGGAGGGUCGGGGAAACCCCCUGCCACCUGUAUCUGUCCCGCUGGCUUCACCGGAUCACGCUGCCAGUUCUUUGCUGUGACUCUGCCGGUGGGUGGGGAGAGGAUCAAUGGGGAGGGCCAAGAUGGCUUCCAGUGGGCGGCAGUUUCCUUGGCUGUAGGGCUGGUUGCAUUACUGGUGCUGCUAUGCAUGGUUGGCCUGGCUCUACGGCACAUCCACAGGCAGACCGGCAGGGACAGGGGAGAUGGGGAGACCAUGAACAACCUAUCAGAUGUACAGAGGGAUAACCUAAUCCCCGCCUCCCAGCUGAAGAACACCAAUCAGAAGGUUGGACUGGAAGUGGACUGCGAAUCAGAGAAGUCAAACUUCAUCCAUAAGAACUAUCAAUUGGACUCGUAUAGUAACGCAAAGUCAAAGGAGUUGAAGGAUGAUACGUCGCAAGAGGAUAAAAGCAAAAGUCAUGUGAUCUACGACAAGUGUUUAGAAGAGAAAAUACCGCUGAGUAGAAUGUACAGUGAAAAGUCGGAGUGUAGGAUAUCAACGAUAUGUUCCCCUCGAGACUCUCAGAUCUACCAGUCCGUCUUUGUUAUAGGAGAGGAACGGAGGGCGUGCGUCAUAGCAACAGAGGUAUAAGCUGCGAGGGGUAUGAAGAAGCGAGGGAGCGAUAGAGGAGGAACACAAUCGAGGCAGAAUUUUAUUUUUCUGGAUUGUUUACAAAAAUCUGAGAAGAGACUGUUUAUGAUGUCACUGCUGAUGUCACUGCUGAUGUCACUGCUGCUCUGGAACACUUGAUGAAUGGAGAGAGAGACGAUAAGAGACAGAGAUGGACGAAUCUCUCCUCUUCUCUGUAAACGAACCAAUGAACACUAGCCUGAGAACUUUAUUGAACUUUUAACAUCGACGAGUGUUUUGUAGACAAAAACGUGUACAGUAGCAGUCAUUAACCUAUUGUGUUCUGGGAACGGUUAAAACAAAUGGUUAAAUCAACUGUUAAAUGGUUAAAAAGACUGACUGAACUGCACAGAGUGUGGAGGGAACUGGUAGAAUGUCAGCAACAAAACAACAAACUUGAACUGAACUCAUCUGUCCUUGGCAGCAAUGGAGGAGAGAGUAGGUGAAACGGGACAAAUGGCCGGAGCUCGUAGUUGACCCCUGCCCGACCUAAUCAUGGGGACUUCGAAAGCCAACUAAUCAAAAUGGAGGUGCCUGAGAUUCAACUGAUCUUUAACCCCUAGCCAGUAUAAUUCACCAGCUAUGCAAGACCCAAGGUCCAGGGUGGAGCCAACUCGCUGAAAUCGACCGACCAACCGCAACCAACUGACUGACUAGUCGUUUGAAAACCACAGACUAAACACAACAAAACACUGACAAUGAUGAAUGUCUGACUGAACAAAACAAACUUACGUCUCAACUGUCAAUCACUCCAAACAAAACGCCUGGUCGGACUUUUACAGACUUUUUCAUUCCAUUCAAACGGUGAAAAGAUGCAGCCCGAAAUUACUAGAAGCCGAAACAAGAGUUUCAAUGCUAAAACUAAACACUUGGUUAUUCACGGAGCACUUAAACACCAAAAAGAAAAACAGGUGGGAAAUACAAUGUUUUCCAUCAACAGGAAUUUAAAGGAGGAGUAUACAUCCCAAAUGGCACCCUAUUCCCUACAUAGUGCACUAUAUAGGGAAUAGGGCUCUGGUCUAUAGUAGUGCACUAUAUAGGGAAUAGGGCUCUGGUCUAUAGUAGUGCACUAUAUAGGGAAUAGGGCUCUGGUCUAUAGUAGUGCACUACUAUAUAGGGAAUAGGGCUCUGGUCUAUAGUAGUGCACUAUAUAGGGAAUAGGGUGUAAUUUGGGAGCGAAACAUGAAGGCGAAUAGAAGGACACUGUCACUGCCGGCCUAUCAUUGUGAAAUCACAGAACCAAUGUCAUUUUUUACAUUUUUUUGUUUAUGAUUAUUUCCAGAGUUUAAUUUAAAUAUUGAUUGACACAAAUGCUCUUUAUAUGUUUUCUAAUAUUAUUUUGUAUAUAAUGGAUAUUUAUAAGGACAACACUUCUGAAGAAUAAA